AUGUUGUGGUCAAAAGUUACUGCGUUAUUAGCCGCUACCAUUGCAUUUUUUAGUGCUACGGUGCCAUCAGUUACCGCUUCUCCUAUUGAUUCUGAGAACAAGGCUUUUGCCAAUUAUCCUGACUUUAUUAAUAAACGAGAUGUAAAUGAUGGAAUAGUUGCUAGAGGCAACGAUCGACGUAGUCGUGGUUCAAAAAUUAGUCGUGGCGCAAAUCGUACAAGUCGUGGAGGAA